AUGAGAAUUGUGAGGGAAGGGACUUUGGGUUUGACCGACAAAGGUGCUCCCUUCUCGCCAAUGUAUCUCAGGCAGUUGCUGAGCUGCUGCCUGGGCCAUCUGUACGAUGAUGCGACGAGCUGGCCGCCGCCGACAUAUUUUGCUUCAGUUUGAGACGGCGUGGGACGUGGGCGUCAGCCGCAGUCCAACUUUUGCAGUCCAACAAGAAGAUGUGGAAGGAGGCCAAUUUAGGGACCCAUGAUCUUUCUCUAUGCAUUCCGCGCCCAAAGGGGAAGAAACACGAGGCUUUUCAGCUCAUCCUGCUGUCCUCGACAGACAUUGACGACGCACGGGCAAUUGGUCGCAUUCAGGAGCUUCAUCGCCUUGGCGGCGGCAGCAAUGUCGCGGUCGUCUUCCUGCUUGACCGAGACGGGAGCCAAGGCGGCAUGGAAGCUUUCAUGAGGCUCCAUAUACAGAUCGUGAACACCUGCAUGAUGCCCAUCAUUCCUCUCGCAGCUGUCGAUGCGCUGCCAGCCGCCCUCGAGGGGUUUCGGUCCUCUCUCAUGGCUUCUAGAACCGCUCACCCAGCGCCGGCCGACGCCACGCGCGAUCUGCUGCCCUAUUGCACUAUCGGCACCCCACUGUCCAGGUACUCAGUAGACGUGCUGGGUAUGAGUUGCUUAAGCUUCAGACAGCUGUUGGCUGAGAUUGGGCUAGACGAGGGACGGAGAAGGAUCCGCAGCGUUCUCGAGCCCGCAGAAGCCGAGAGCUUACUCUCAUUUUGGGCUCACGAGUUCUCCACGGCUUGACCUUUCGCUGUCUCCUGUCUAUUGAUGCUCUCUGUUCAGACCUCGCUGAGGCGGUCAAGAGGCUUUGGGAGUUCCUGAGCUGAACUGUGCAUUGUCAUGAUCUAUAGCAAUCACUCUCCCUCUCACUGCAGAGCUGCCGUUCAGACGAAUUGCGAUUGCAGUUGAUAGCAGAAGUUUCUAACACGGCUGCCAACUCUAUAUUCAUCGCCAUCUCUUCUGGAACCGUCAAUCAUUCUCUGCCCCAGCCGGAGCCGUGACACUGGGAAAUACUCGACAUGGCGCAGUUUAAUUCCCAGCUACUGCAUUAUGUAGGUAGUUGGUGUGUGCGUGAUGUGACGGCUUAUGCAGGCUGUUGGCGAACUGCGUGC